GAGCGUAUGUGCAUUCCCGGGCUUAUUGGUUCGCAGUAAGGCAAGGAUAGUCGGGCCAUUUUGCAAAGUCAGGCCAAUAGUUACGGUCCAACGGUGAAGUGAAUAAGACCCUUUUCUGUUGCCUUUGCAGACAUUAUGACGAUCGAGUGUAUUGUUGUGCUUCUAUCGUUCCUACUGAUAGGCAUCACCUCGGGCAACUACACCAAGACAGCCUGGGAGCAUCGGUGUGAUCCUGGGUCGGAGGCAUUCGCCUGCACCGUCCCAAACUUCCUGUACAAACCGGGUGAAAAUCAUUCCACACUGAUAGCACCGGACACAAGAGUGCACAAGGUGCGGCUCGCCUAUCCACACGACAAGCUGGUCGUAUCCCGGGACACUAUCACCGCGUACGAUGCGGUACUGCACACGGCUCUCCAUCGACCGAAAGCGGUUCAGAUCGCGUACUCCAACAUAAAGCGGUUCGAUGUGCCGCUUGAUCUCGAGUAUGCCGACUUCCGAGAUAACUCGAUCCAAACAGUGAAUGCACCGGAAGUGAAAGAAUCCGUCUAUGCGCUGCGGUUCCUCGAUUUGCGCAACAAUGAGCUGGAGAGCAUGGAAAGCUUAAAAGCGCUCGUCAACCUAGAAACGUUACUUCUUGCGGGCAAUCGUAUUAGCGGGCUGGAUGGUGCGGCACUGACGAACCUAAACAAGCUGACCGGGCUGGAUUUGAGCAACAAUAUGCUGGAUGCUAUUCCGAGCGCAAGCCUACCCGCUUCCCUCGAGUGGUUAGUGUUGCGACGUAACACCUUCUCGGGCCACAUCGACUUUGCCGACGCGAAUCUGCCCGCACUGAAGGUGUUGGAUCUGCAGCACAACAUCAUUGGCGAGUUGAAUGUCGUCACGCUGCUGAUGGUGGCUCCCGAGCUACGGGCCCUUUUGCUCGAAGGUAACUGGUUCGAUGUCGGGACGGCAGCACACAUCGCGACGAUGCUUACGAACCGCCAGGUGGCACACGACAAAUUUGCACCCAGCGAGAGUGAGAGCGAUUAUGAGGAUGAUUAUCAUCGUACGCACGAGAUGCUGAGGGUGCAGGACUACGUCAUCUCGGUGGUGCUGUUGGUGGUUAAUGUGUGCGUGAUUGCAUGGGGAGUGUUCCGCGUGUACCGGGCCCGGCACAGCAGCAGCACGGAGGACGUGUGUCCGGGUUGUAGUUGUGCUUGGGCGGAAAUGUACAUUAGUUCGAUAGUGUAGAUUUAUGGCAGUUUAGGAUUAAAGUAUGGGUGUGUUAUAAGUUCCAGGAGGUAGUUUGGGUUCAGGGUUUUCAGACAUAUUUGGUUUUGAAUUUGAAAUAUUUUUGGAAAAAAUUGUUUUUUUUACUAAUAAACCAGAAUUGAGAAGAGAUGGGUAAUAAUGAUUUUCUAGUUAGCGGACAAAAAUAAAAUAAUGCAUCUGUUCAUAAUUUUUAAAUAAUUUUACUAGUUUUACUAGGCGUUCAACGUUACUCACAAAUUGUUUAUAACUUCCUUCCAAAAUUAAAUGUAAAAAAAUAUUGUUUAUCGUAAA